AUGAACCUUCAGAACCGCAACUGUUUAAACGCCAGAAAUGGCAACGAGCAUCCAAACCAUAUGAGACUUGGUAGAAAUCACUCUCUAUUUGUCAGUGAGAUUAUGAGUAGGUUGAACAUGUCAAGGUGGAAAUCACUGUGGAGGAAGAUCUUAAGGAAAAAGAAGAGAUUUUUCAGCUGUUCUUCUUCAGUUCGUGUCCAAUAUGAUCCUGAUUCCUACUCACACAACUUCGAUGAUUACUAUUCCAGCGAACCCGACAAUAUAUCUCGCUCUUUCUCAGCUCGUUUUGCUGUGCCUUCCAGGAUCUGUGACAAGAAUGAAGGAAACAGAAGAGAAACUUAG